AUGGAGAGUGAAGGAGAUAAUGGUGAUAGGAAAUGGAGGAAAAAAGGCAAUAUCAAGACUGGAGGAUGUGUGGAGGAUUCUGAGGAGAUGCCUCAAAGAAAUUUGUUUGAUGGAGAUGAAUCAGCAAAUGAUGGAUUUCGACUACAUGGCAGUAACUUCCUGUUACAGAUAUACUCAGCUGAGGAUAAGGCCUGGAAGCCUGUGUGCAGUGACCAGUGGAAUGAUAACAGUGGGAAGCAAGCCUGUCAACAGCUGGGAUACUUGAGUAAUGCUUACUACAAAAGUGGGAAUCUGUCAGUAACCACAGCAAAUUUUGGCUCCACAGAAUACUGGACAGUGAACACAAUGCAAAAUAUACCAAAUGGGAAAUUCUACUCAAGCCUCGUUAGCAGCACUUCCUGCUUAUCAGGGUCAGUUGUCACUCUUCGGUGCACAGACUGUGGGACACGUCCCUCAAUCAGGGCUGCUAGUUCUAGGAUUGUGGGAGGAACGACAGCAAAGUUAGGAGAAUGGCCAUGGCAAGUAAGCCUUCAUCUAGGUAACAGACAUGUGUGUGGGGGUUCCAUUAUCACACCCUGCUGGAUAGUGACAGCUGCUCAUUGUGUGGAAACGCAAUAUCCACUCUCUUCAUGGAAAGUAUAUGCUGGUGUGCUAGAACAGGCACAGAUGACCACUUCCAAUGGAAACAGUGUACAAAAGAUCAUAAUUCAUAAAGAUUAUAAUUCUGCAUCCAAAGACUAUGAUGUCGCUUUGAUGAAGUUAAGAACUCCACUACAAUUUACAGAUUCAAUCAAGCCAGUGUGCCUACCUAAUGCUGAACAAGUAUUUGCAUCAUCACAGUCCUGUUGGAUAUCUGGUUGGGGAUCUACAUUUUCUGGAGGUGCUGGUACUGAAACUGUGAUGAUGGCUAGUGUGCCUCUGAUUGAUACAAGUGUCUGUAAUCAAAGAAGUGUCUACAGUGGUGCAAUAAAGCCUUCCAUGGUCUGUGCAGGGUACUUAGACGGUGGAAUUGAUUCCUGUCAGGGAGACAGUGGUGGGCCACUAGUAACUGAAGACAAUUCCAUAUGGUGGUUGGUAGGUGUCACCAGCUGGGGUGAUGGCUGUGCUAAAAGGAACAGACCUGGUGUUUAUGGCAGAAUGACAUCCUUUGUAGACUGGAUUUAUCAGCAAAUGCAGGUAAAAGAUUUUUCUUAA